UUGCAUAAAGGAUGUUUCUCCUCUAAAGUCAGAAACAUGGAUGUGUGGUUCAUUUUCUUUGUCUUCAUGGCAUGUCCUCCUCCUCCAGGAAAUCACUUUUACCUUUUAGAAUGUUACAUAUAACACUGCAUUGACUGAGGACUAACAUGGUGCAGGCAGCAGCUGCAGUGCAUCAGAGAAGAUUCAGAACCAGAUGGUUCUUUAAAAUGGCUGCAGAAAGCUUGGCUGCUGCUCUGUCAAUUAGUGAUAAUGGACCCAUCAGAAAGAGGAGCAUUCCCUCCUCCCUCUCUGCCCCCCUGCUCCUCCCUCUCCUCUCCUCCCUCUCUCCGUUCUUCCGUCUCAGUUCCAUCUGUGGAUCAGUAAUAAUGGAGCCCAGCAGUCCGAAGAAGAUCCAGUUUGCUGCUCCUCCUCUGCAGGGUCAGCUGGACCCGCAGGCCGCUGAGCAGAUCCGACGCCGAAGACCAACUCCUGCCACUCUGCAGAUCUACAGACAGCCGGGCUCAGAUGCUGCAGAUCAACACAACGCCAGCGGAGACUCACAGGCCUCACAUGCCUUUCAGAAGAAGCAGAGCACCUAUGACUCGCCGACCGUGAAAGGUAAACUGGAAGGUGCGGUGCUCGAGGAAGAAGAGGAAGCUUGAUGCAGCAGAGAAAUCUCACCACAGAAGAGGCAGCAAAUCUGUUGAUAUAGCAGGACAAUCAGACAAAUGCGUUCUGCCAUGACGAUAACACAUUCACAGCUUUAGCUUUGGAAGUUUUUAUAGAAACGUGUUGAGGCAAAACUACAGCUGGACUCAGAACUGUGCAGACUGAGCUUCACUCAUUUCACAGUUCAUCUCCUUUUGAGUGUUUGGUCAUGGAAUAACCACAUCGGCCUCUGAAAUGGAGAGAUGUUGACACUUAUCUAAGUAUUUAGAGGCUACAAAAGAGCAGCAGCCACGAUGCUGCAACUCACUGGCCUGCGACUCAUUUAACCCUUUGUGACGUAUGUCACAGAGAAACUUUCCAGAAUCUCUUAUUUCUACAACAUUGAUGUUACAAGAGUUCUAAUCACAUUCAGAAGUUUUUGAUAAAGUUUUCUUAAAUUGAAUAUUUUUGUGUCAAACCUUUUAAACUGCCCUUCAAAAAAAUAUGCUAGAAAAUGUGAUAAAUGUAUGGUAACGUGAGGAAAACCCUAACCCUAUGAUUUUGAAUCAGUAUGUUACAUGUUUGACCCAAAUGUUAAUUGAAUGUGAUCCAAAUGAAAACUGGGUGUAAAUAACAUUUUUCCCAAAGAUUUCUCAA